AAUGCAUGUGUGGCCAGACCAGCCUCUGUCGACGUGCGACUCAGUCGGUCCAAAGACAGGGGGAUGAAAGGAAGUGUGAGAAUGUGGCCUCAGCUGGCUCUCCUGUACCUGUUGACGGCCGGGCCUACCUGGUCCAGCGCGGCAUUGGUCGACCUGCCCUUCAUGGAGUACCUGGAUAGCAACCAGCUGGUGCUGCUACAAUGGGGCUUUGACGAGGUCGUGGGAAACAUCACCUUCACGCUUAGCAUCAAAACCAGCGGCUGGAUCGGCUUCGGCCUCAGUCCGAAAGGAAACAUGAGAGGAGCCGACAUGGUCAUAGGAAGUUUUGGGACUAGUGGCAUCUACUUCCAGGAUCAUCAUGCCACCGGUAAUGUCCUGCCCAUGGUGGACAGCACACAGGACUAUUUUCUCCACUCCAUGACGGAGGUUGAGGGAAGGACAUCCAUGACGUUUCAGAGAGCCAUCCAGACCUGUGACGAGGAGGACUUCCACAUCACUGCAGUGCCCAUCAAGCUGAUCUACGCCUAUGGACAGACGGAUGAAAUUAAGUACCACGGUUUCAACAGGGGGACUAAAGAGGUUAAUCUUCUCAGAUACAUAACCAGAGACAGGUCCCAGGAAGGAGAGCAUUUUGAUUUCAAAAUUGACAAUAUCACCAUCCCUGCCAAUAUCACCUACUAUCACUGCAGGGUCAUGAAGAUGCCACGGUUCGAUGUGACCCAACACGUGUAUCGGAUUGAGCCUCGCAUUGACAACCUGGAUAUGGUUCACCACAUGAUCCUCUACGGCUGUCCUCUCCACGUGACGGACGACUACGACGGCCCCUGCUACGCCGGGAACAAGGCCGACAACUGCAUCAAAGUGAUGGCCGUCUGGGGCGUCGGCGCCGGGGCGUAUGAGCUUCCAGCAGAUGCGGGCAUUCCCAUCGGAGGCCCUAACAAGGACACACUGUACAGGCUGGAAACCCAUUACAAUAACCCGGCCACCAUAGCAGGAAGGCAGGAUAGUUCAGGCCUGAGGAUACGCCAUACAUCUAACCUGAGGAGGUACAACGUAGGAACCCUCACCACCGGAGUGGUGCCUUCACAUGAUUACAGAAUCCCCCCCGGUGCCACACAGUUCCACACGUACGGGACGUGUAACACAUCUCUGUUUUCAGAGCUCAUGGAAGAUCCAGUACCGGACCUUAAAGUGUUUGCCUUGCUUUUACACACUCACUUGGCUGGAAGGAAAAUCCGAGCUGGCUUAUUCAGAGACGGGCAGCAGGUGGACUUCCUGGCCUUGGAUGAGAACUACGAUUUUGCGAUGCAGGAGGUGAUCAGCGUUGGCAGCAUCAAGACCAUCAAACCGAACGAUACCAUUUUGGUGGAGUGCAACUACAUGACUACCAACCGCAGUGGAUACACCCAUAUGGGACUUGGUACAAUGGAUGAAAUGUGCCUGGCUUUCCUGCUCUACUAUCCUGAAAUCCCAAUCAACUCGUGUUGGAGCACUCCAGACCAGCGAAAUAUAGAGAGCGUUCCCAAUGAGCUCCAACCGGCAGAUCAGGAAGAUAUUAUCACCUAUGAAAACCAACUGAGCUCAAGUCCACAAUAUCAGAUCGUUUCAAGAAAUGAGGGUCAGCCCUCUAUGCACUUGGAAGCCACUGUGAUGACCAUGAAUGCGACCCCUACCGUCACCUGUCGGAACCUACAAUCUCCCUCCAAGGGAGGGCGCUGUUCCUGCAGCGAAAUCAUCGGAGGAAGUGCGCUGCUGCUCCUUCUGCUCUGGAGCGAAGUGUGAUGGAGCCAGCAGGCGAGGGCUCGAACCACCAUAGCGGAUGUAGAACGACCCGGACAACGUUAUUAUUAUGUUGAUUGUGCGUGUUUAGCCAAAUCUACUUUGAAUCAGUCAUUCAUGUAUAUAAGCUUCGCUCCCUUUUCUUGGUUGAUUACCUUGAUUAAUGAACUUGUAUUCCUCGUUUAACAUAGUUGACGUUGUCUUUUAUAAGCCAAAAAUGGGUUGUAAUCUUACCAUAUAUCAUAUUUAGUCCUAUUAAUUAUUUGAAUAUGAGAGCAGGUACUUCUAUGCUAUAUUUUAAAUGGUUGAAUUAUUGGCCACUUUUGGAUAGAUUAUUUUUUAAUUCAUGUCAGUUGGGAUGUGAUUAGUACAAUAUACAAUGCAUCCCAAAAAAAAUCACAAUCAAACUAAUCAGUCAAUCAUUUAACCAAAUAUUAUUGUUGUUACAAAUUUUGUGCACACAUCGGACGGAAACAGUGGAUUGACCCAACCUUGUAAGAAUAAAACGUUUCCUGUGA